GAACCAGAGUCUCUGAAGGAACCAGAGUCUCUGAAGGAACCAGAGUCUCUGAAGGAACCAGAGUCUCUGAAGGAACCAGAGUCUGCGAAGGAGCCAAGGCGUCUGAAGGAAUCAGAGUCUCUGAAGGAACCAGAGUCUCUGAAGGAAUCAGAGUCUGCGAAGGAACCAGAGCCUCGAGAGGAAGCUGGGUCUGUGAAGGAAGCUGGGUCUGUGAAGGAAGCUGGGUCCCCGGAGAGGGUGGAGUCUCUGGAGAAGGUGGUGUCUCCGGAGAAGGUGGAGUCUCCGGAGAAGGUGGAAUCUCCGGAGGAAGCGGAGUCUGAAGUAGGUGGUAAAUCUCCGACCUGUGGGAAAGUGGAACCUCGAAGCGACGAGAGGCACCGGUGUCAAGACGACGACGACGGUGGCAAGACGGCGGAGCAGGAAGCUGGAGAGUUCGAUUGCCCGUCCACUGGUGAGUUUCGCCAUGAGAUAACGAUAGAAGAGGGCGACGCCACCCGGGCUCCCCUAAUACCGAAUCUUCCAAAGGUUAAUAUUCCCGAAGGUGAAGCAGGUUGCGAUGAAGAGGCAGAUGAGGACCACCCAGGGGGAGAUCACGAUCAAGAGGCAGAUCACGAUCAAGAGGCAGAUCACGAUCAAGAGGCAGAUCACGAUCAAGAGGCAGAUCACGAUCAAGAGGCAGAUCACGAUCAGAAGGCAGAUGAGAUGGUUCCUGCAUCGAGAGAUAAGGAUGACCGUGCGAUACCAGCCGAAUCCGCUGAGGAGAUUGGCGACCAGGCUAUCGGGGAGAUGCCUGCAGGAUUGGCGAUGACAGGUAAGGAAGGUGAGUCGGCGGGCGAUUACUUUAAUGGAAUAGUGAACGACCUAGAUUCUCGGUCGCAGGAAGUACUCAGUUCGGGUGCUGAACUGGCGACAGGUGCUGGUGGCCCAGUCAUAGUGCCUCCCUUACCAGCAAGAGUUAAAAACAUCCGUGCUAGUGGUCGUCAGACGACAGGGGAUCCAACGAGCGGCGAUCAGACUAACCGGCAGACACGGCGUUCCGUGUACUCGGUGCCUGGCAGGAUUUCUGACUCGGAGGAGGCCUCACUAUCUGUUGGGGACAUAAUCUUCGAUGAACCGGAGGCUGCUGAGUUACAGGCAGAACACACAACUUCGGCUUCGUCUACAGUCAGUGACGGCCCCCCGGCGGUUUUUUUCGCGGCGGGGGCGGAGCCGCCGACGCCGGUGAUGAGUCACACGAUCCAUAGCACGUGGGACACACAGAGUGUGUUUGAGGCACGCAAGAACUUCGGGCCGUUCGUGGGCUCGGAGGACGACGGCUCCGACCUCCGCGGAGGCUCCGACCUCAGCGGCGCGAGGCCUGUGCGCUCCUCCGAGGAGGGCGAACGCGAACGAACACGCGUGUGCGAACGCGAUUGUGAAGAGACG